CUGUUACAGAAUAAAGUUAAAAGGAAUAAGUAUUUCAGCAGAUUCUGAGCGCGUUUUCAUUCCCACACACUCUGGAUUUUUGGGGACUGUGGGCCGACGCGCAGAAAUCACCGUGUAGGAGAAAUAUUGCAUCCCCUCAGCGGCUUUUUCUCCCUUGGAUCUCCAUGACAACAAUUUGCAAUGGUGAAGAAUUCGAUACCAGGGCGCUUGGAGGCUGAUUGGGGUGCAUUGUGAGGGGCCUGGGGUCGCUGAUUGGUUCAAGGAAAGCACCAUAACUACAAGGAGUUUAUAUUCAUUCAACUUGUUGAAGUGCUCCUACUGCUGCCUGGAGAGAAGUCUGUGCUUGGACCGUGGCUUCCCGAGUCUGGAUCCGUCCAGCAGCGGUGAGUAAAUGUUUAUAUCCGAGUUAUAUUUAAUCAGAAAGCUCAAUGUAGAUUGGGUUGGAGCAACCACUGCGCAAUUACGCACAAUCUAAACAAGUUUUCUCUUUUUAGACCCCGAUAAUGGACAACAACUUCUAACUUGUGGACUGAUCUAAUUCUCUACAAAGAUGGCGAAUGCAGACAGUGAGGUCAAGACAUUGCUGAAUUUUGUGAACUUGGCGUCCAGUGAUAUCAAAGCGGCCUUGGACAAGUCAGCUCCGUGUAGACGCUCCGUGGAUCACAGGAAGUAUCUGCAGAAACAACUCAAGCGUUUCUCCCAAAAGUACUCCAGAGUCCCAAGAUGCCACGCGCACAGGUCCACUGAGUAUGGAUGCGUAAAACCGGUGGGGACUGCUCACCAGAGUGCGAAGGUCGCAGAGAGGGCCAGCAGCUCGGAUGCACAAGGUGUUGAGUGCGAAGGGAACGCUGUGGAGCAGGUGCCCAUGAGGAAACGUCAACUCCCCGCCUCGUUUUGGGAGGAACCCAGGUUGACUCAAGUCAAGAGGGAGCACCCACAAUUAGGACUGAAAAAGCACCCCACAGGCACAGCUGAAAGCGACGAAAACGACAAGAGGAAAAGGAGUUCUGAUGAUGACGCAAAGGCCGCUGUGUCUGUGGAAAGAGACACGCUGCAAUUGGACCUGAGCUCUCAUCACUGCGUAAGCGUGUGCGCCUGCUGUCCCUUGCAGUACCACGGACACCAGGUCUUUCACAGUCAUAUUCUUGUCCCUCACCCGCCCUUGGGACUGUGGAGCAAGGCAGCAGGGACUGAGACAGAGAGACCCGAGCAUCCUCAUGAACAGAAAAUACACACGCACGUGGUGGUCAAACCUAUCCCGACCAAACCCACCAUCCAGUCCCCAAUCUUCAGCGUGUUUGGAUUCAUUUAAUUAUACUUUUCAUGUACAGAAGACUCAUUUUCAUUUUGUAUUCUGCACAGCAAACUCUUCCCUUACCAGCAUUUGUACAUGACCUUAGCACUUACUGGAAUGCUUCUUCUAUUUUGAUUUUUUUUUCAUUCUGAAGGACCAAGUUGCACUUGUAGAACAACAUCAUCACGCUCUCUUGUGUGCCAGUCUGAUGCCUUCAAGUGUCAGAGGACUGACAGUAAGUUUAAAGGUUUCUACUUUUAGGCUUCUACAGAGAAGGACUACUCUUUUUAAGUACCAAAAGUCAUGCAAAUGAAGGAAAACAUCCUGUUUUAGAUCCUCUUUUAACUUUGAGAACAGAGCGUGGGACGUGGAUUGCUUUUUCUCUGUCAGAGUAAUCUUUGAUAUAGGCACAUUUGAAACAAUUACUUUUAUUUUUAAAUAAAUGAUUCAAUUUCCCUCGAGACUCCUUUUGGGGCAUUUGAUCAUUUUCUUUCCCAGUGAAAAAUUACGAUACAUUCUGAUUGACACUCUAAAGACACUCCCUGUCACAGACACAGGUUAUAAAUAGAUAUAAAGAGCUGCUUUGAGAAAACCAUUUAAAGAUUCUUGAUAUCAGAUGCAUUUAAAAAAAGAAACAAAACAUGAUAUAUUUAGUCCCAUCUUUGAUGCCAAUGUUGUUUUAAGUUCAUCUAAGAGUCAGUCAGUGUGGCUCAAGUAUCUGAUGAGUCUGUCUGGCAGAGGUAAGCUUCUGAGAGAUUUCAGUCUGUGUCUCCCUAUUUGACUCCGAAUCCUCAGUCUGCAGAGGUGCAGCAGUGGACGAGCAGACGCUGUGGACAAAAAGAUAAAGAAAAAGUUCACUUUCAUGCUUUGAGAUUACAUCUGUGUCGUACGCACGUGUGAGGAAGUGAAACAGACGCAUUUGCAUGUUUGGAUGUAAAUGAUUGUUGAAAUGCAUACAUGACUUCCUCUUAACAGCGAGCCAUUCUUCCCGGCUGUCCAGCAGUUCAUUGAGUUUGCUGCACAGCUGAACAUGAGCGACGUGCUCCAGCAGACGGUCUAUGAUCAGUCCUGCUGAUGUGCACAUUACCGGUGUUGAAAUCCACUCACAGAACUGCAAGAAAAACAAAACACACAAGUUAAAAUGUGUUUGCUUUAAAGUUAUUGUGAUUUUAACUGGACUGUCUCUUUUUUUUAAACUUAUUUUCACACCUGUGUUGCUCUUUCUGGUGGCUCACUGCAGUUUAAAGGAAGCAAAUGAUCAUGUAUGCUGCUGCCAACAGUCCUUACUCCUGAUGCUGGGUGAGGGGCACUACCGUAUGUACACUUAAAACAGGAGAGGGCAUCACAGCCAUUAUCCAAAAGGCACUUGAGCAGUGGCAAAUUAUUCAUGCACAGUGCAACAACAGCAGGAAAUGUAGCAGCGUGAGAGGGUAUUUUGGCAUCCAAAUCUGCCCCUCUGUCCAGCAGUAGGGACACAGUAUGGACACAGCCCCGCCGUACAGCCAUCAGCAGAGGACUGACAGGAUCCAGGUUUAAACUAGCACCGGCUUUCAGCAGCACCUCUGCUGUCUGUGUGCUGCCAUGGGCCACGGCAAAGUAGAGGGCUGUGGUGCGUCGGUCAGCAUACUGGAUGAAGUGACUGCGGGCCAGAGUGGCGUUUACGUCUGCACCUGUCUUGAGGAGCACAGCUGCCACUGCGUGUCUGUCGUGCUCUGCUGCCAGGUGGAGCGGGCUCACACAGCUGUGACGAAGCAUGGCUCUGCUUGUCACUGAGACCAGCAGGGACACAAUCCUGAACACAAAAAAGAUCAUUACAGAAAAUUCAAAGCAGUGUCUGUAGCUGCUUUUAAUUCUCUUUACAAUCACAGUAGACUUUUGAAACUAUAAGAUUCACUUAGGAGUGUGAAUGUUACAGUGCUUUCCCCUGGAUGUUUUAAUGCAUUAUUGGAGUUACAAUCUGGGAUUACAGUAAAAAUUUGGGCAUUUCUUCCACCAUUGAAAAACAAAAUCAGUCCAAUGUCAGGUAUCCGUUGGACUUGUUUUUUUUUUUCCAGGAAAAAAAUAAGGUUGUUAUUUUUAAACACAAAGAAAUAUUCACAGGAAUGUUGAGAGAAGGUGAAAACUUCCACAAAGCAGAAUAUAUUCUCCUCCCUUUAAUACUCUAUACCUCACUUCAGUUUAUUGUAUGGAAACUUACUCAUGAUGACCGUAUUGGGCAGCAACAUGCAGCGGCAGUAGUCCUGAGCUUGUUGGUUUGUUGGCAUCUGCAUUUUUGGUCAACAGCACUCCCACAAUUUCCUUGUGGCCGUUUUUACUCGCCUCAUGCAGCGCUGUGACACCAUCACAUGUCUGUAUGUUCACAUCUGCACCUAAAAUAAAACAUUUCUCAAAUCAAAACAGUUGAAACAAAGGUCAAAAUACAAAAAGUUAGAAUGUUUUCUGUGCAAAAAAGUACCUUUCCCGACAAGGUAACACAGAGCCUUAAGCUGUCCUCGUUGAGCAGCUACAAUAAGAGGUGUUAUGCUGUAGGUGUUGGAAGGAUUGAUGGUUCCCCCGGCUCUUAUGAGGAUCUCACUGAUCUCUGUGUUACUCCUGGACACAGCUUCAUGAAGGGCUGUCCAUCCUUGACCACAGCGCUGGUUCACUGUGGCUCCAUAUGACAGAAGGAGGCUCACCAUGUCCACGUUCUCCAGCUCACAUGCUAUCGACACAGAUGAGAUACUAAGUCAUUUCUGACACACACAAUUCCCUGCUCUCUCACAAGCUAUUUUCAGGCCAUUGAGGUUGUGGCCUUACCUUUGUACAAAGGGGUUUCUUUGUUCUUGCUGCUGAUGUCUGGAUCAGCGCCGGCCUCCAGAAGACCCCGCACACAUGACAAGUGUUCACAAGACACAGCAAGCAGCAAUGCAGUCUGCUCCUGCAAGGUACGUUUGUCCACUGAACCUGGAUGGGCUGGGACAGACAAGACAUUUAUUCAUAUCACACAUCUUAGCGAUUGUUUGGAAAUAUUCACAAAUGAUGCUUCCAUUGUCCAACCUCUCAGUAGAGUCUUCAUGCACUCCGUCUGUCCACAGAAAGCAGCAUCAUGCAGAGGUAUCCACCCAUCUUUGUUCUCCCUCAGCAGGCUGUGAGGAGCAGAUGUUGCGAGAUCAUUUACGGCCUUUACAUCUCCUCUUCUGAUGGCAGAGACCACCGGGUCAGCAUCCCUAAAAAGCAGAAAAGCAAAACACUUACAGAUGUGUUUAGGUGUAAUUUUAGGGCAGACACCAGCACUGUUUUUAGGCUUUUGUUUGAUACAACAAUUGACCUUAAUUCUAGAGGAGAUUAUACUAUUUUGGUGGCUUUAUUUUACCUAAAUACUAAGUUCCGAGUGGUAUGACUUGGUGGGAGUCAAAUAAAUGAAAAUAAGAAAAAGGAUUUUACACGUAUUGUUAAGUUAUACAGUAGAUUUCACAUAAGGAGCCCAACGUACACAUACACAGACGGGGACACAUACAGCCUCGGUGUCAAACACAACAAAGACUCACUCCGGCUCUGACGUUACGUCGCUCUCGCCCCCUCCUCUCCUCCUGUCUUCAGUCCAGCGCGUCACAUUAUUACAUUUACCUCCGGCAUUACGAAACUGAGACAGAUACUCUGAAUAGGUGAAUUUCGUCAUGUCUGAUCUAAUGGCAGAAGCUUUUUUUUUAAGGCGACGUUUCGUCUAAGAGGUGCGGUUGGUCGAAGGAGCGCGUGCAGCGCCGCGCGAGGCUCAGCUGUGCUCUUCCAGAUUAUUUUGGGACUGUAUUGUCAGGCGGCAGGGUGACUGGUUUAUCCAUAUAUGUCAAGAGGCUCGGACAUACAGAGAUAAGGCAAACAGCACGGGAGAUACUACAGCCCAAGCCUAGAUGCCUUUCACUGGAUGAAGUGAGUGAAAGGUUUCCGCAUCAAACUACCUCAUAACAAACCGGGUCAAAUAAAGGAGGAAUUCGGUCGGACAGGGCCAAGGAGAGGUCAAGCAACAAACAAGCAAUAACGUUUGGAGGCUGCAACUAAAAAAUAUAUAUAUAAUCAUAUGAACUCUCUAGCAGACAGGGUGGCCAUAGCCCCCCACUGGGCCUACCUGAGUGGGCAGCUUUUUUGUGCACUUGUAGGCUACUGUCCUGAGUAGUUUUUUAAAUCAGUAUCCUCACUAUGCAGUAGUUUCUGUUGAAAGAAUUGCACUUUGCCAUUUUAUACAUGUCAUCUUUUACUGUGUAAAAAAAAAUCACCAACCAGUUGACUGUUGUCUACAUUGCAGGAACUCAACUUUUACAAAAUCAAAAUAUGAUUUUUGUUUCAAGACACUUAAAGCCAAAUUUUUCUUGAUAAGUUUCUUGUAAUUAGUAUCUCGUCUCAAGACUGUAGUCAAGAAAAAGUUUACUCAUUACAAUCAAUUAAAGCCCCUGUGAGGAACUUUCAGUUCCUGUCAAUUUGGCGCCCCCUGUGGACAAUACAGCAUUUAAUUAUCUUGUACUCUGCAUGUUUUGGAAGUGUCUUCUAAAAGCAAAAUCUUAUUCUGCUGAGUUUUUUCAUAACUGCGAACAUUUGAUAUGGAAAUUGUAAAAACAGGGCUCUUCUCUCAGCUGAUGUCUGACAGUUCUAACACUGGUUAAUAAUAGUAAAUAAAUAAUACAGUUUAAAAAUCAA